UGGAUUUUUUUCUUAUUAUGUAUUGGGUAGAGGUCGCUAAUUAUGCAAUGAAUACGUUGAAAUCCAUUGUAAACAUUUAAUCUUUAGGCCUUUAAUUUAGACAAUUAACUAAUUAAUUAGGAUUAAUUUAAAAAUGUCCACGUUACCUGAAGAAUUGCCUUCAGGUGAAGACUCCACUAAUGGUGGUAACUCUGAUGACAUCCCUCUUAGUGAUAAUAAUCAACAACAACAAGAACAACCGGAAUCACCACCACAACCACCUGAACCACCGAGCAACAAUAAUAGUGAAAAGAUGACUAUUAUUGAUGAAACAGAAAACAAUUUAACCGAUUCCAUCCUUCGUCUUCUAACCAGUGAUGAUAUGCAACGUCUCUUGGAUGGUGAUUGUUUAAAAUUAUUCUUUAGAGAUUAUCUUAAACAACUACCUGUUAAAUGUGUAGCUGAAGUAUUAAGUGUAUUGAUCGCGGUUCUCAAAAAAAGCCUUCUUAAUUUAGAAUCUGCGAAAGAAAUUUUAAUUGAUUGUCUGAAACAUUAUUGUAAUAAGUGUAUAUCUUCAUCAUCAUCAACAACAACAUCAAAUGGUGAAAACAAGGUGUCAACAUCAACCAGUGGUACAGAUAAUUUGAUAAAACAUUUUCUUCGAGAGAUAAUUAACCUUCUAUCAAGUUACAGUUGUGAUGUAGAAAAAUUAAAAUAUCUCUUAGCCUCAUCUCAAGAAGAUUCUCGACUUCUCCACAUAAUAAGAAGUGCUAAUAGUCAUCAAAAGGGUCGACCAUCGUCUUUCUUUGCAUUCCCUGGUACCAAAGGAUCAGUUUUAGCGCUUCCACCUUUAGUUAAAUGGCCAAUACAAAAUGGUUGGACUUUUAUCUCCUGGUUUAGAUUGGAACCCAAUUCAAUCAAUUCCCAACCUUACCUUUACUUUUUUCGUACAUCGAAAUCAGGUGUUGGUUAUUCAGCUCAUUUUACCGGUAAUUGUUUGGUUCUAACGAGUAUGAAAAUCAAAGGAAAAGGUUAUCAACAUUGUAUCCCAUACGAAUUUGUACCUUUCAAAUGGUAUCAUUGUGCAAUCGCCUAUGUAGCCAAGUGGAGAUCAAGUGAGAUUAAAGUUUUCGUCAAUGGUCAAUUGACUGCAAACACUGAGAUGUCCUGGCAGGUUCAGACUCAAGACAUUUUCGAUAAAUGUUUCAUCGGUGGUACUGCUGAUCUUGUUUCGGAAUCGCAUCUUUUCUGUGGUCAAUUAUCAGCAAUAUAUUUACUCCAUGAAGCACUAAAUCCAAGCCAAAUUUGUGCGAUUCAUCGUCUUGGUCCAAGUUACAUGGGUCAAUAUCGUUAUCCAAAUGAAAUGGGUCUAUUUGAUAAUAUGCCGAUGAUGAUGAAAAAGGUUUUAUAUGAGGAAAAACUGUCAACCACCUUGAUCAGUUUAUACACACCGGUUGCUGUUGAAGGUGAUACUUUAUGCCUUCAAUCAGCACCCAAAGGAAAUGUUUCCUAUUUUGCAUCAAGUCCUCAUGCAGCUUUAUUGGGUAAUACCAAAGCAAUAACAACCCGAUCAAUUAGUGAUACAUUACAAUCAAUCGGUGGUAUUAAAGCUCUUCUGCCACUUCUCAAUCGGUUUACCGGUUUACAUGGUACCCUUUAUCCAGCUGAUUCAGAGGCUUGUUCAACGUUAAUUGGUUUUAUCUGUGAUCUACUUGAAUCAUCACCUCUCUGGUUUGGUAAUGAAGUUGUCCAAUCUCAUGGUUUCGUAAUCAUUUCCUCCCUUUUAGCCAAAAACCCAAGAUACCUGAUCAAUGAGGAAACUCUCGAGAUAAUUUUAAAUCUAACCAAAACCCUUAUGUCCGCAAUGUCAACCUCUUCUCUUACAAGCUCAACCGGAGACAGUAUACUUUUGAAACAAUUAAUGGAUAGCAUUUUGUUCAAUUCAUCUUUAUGGAUUUACGUUGAUUCCAAACUACAAAUUCGUUUAUAUUGUUACCUGGCCACCGAAUUCCUUACCGUAGGUGCUGCAGCCUCUUCAUCUUCUACCUCCCUUUCCUCAUCAUCAUCAUCACCUGGAUCAAACUGUGAUAUAUCUUCAACCGUUACCAGGGACAGUGGCAAUGAUUCACUGAAUAGUGGAAGCUAUUCCUCCAUGAAUACCGGUGUUGGUUCAUCAUCAGGUGGUCCAAAUGGUGGUGUCUCAUCUCCCGGAGGUGGUGUUAUUUUCAGUGAGGUUCGGCGAAUCUCAACUGUCCUACAAUUACUUCAUUCGCUUAAAUAUUAUUAUUGGCUUGUUCCAGAAGAUGUUGGUGGUUCACAUGAUUCCCAUGGUUUACCUUCAACAAGUAAUAUGACAACAACCACCUUGGGAAUUUAUUCAAUUUCAACUCAACCCGUUCAAGUGAAAGCUCGUGAAUCGUGUUAUCGACCCUCCAAAAAUGACCUUAUCUCUAUUCGUUCAUAUAUUUUAUUGUUUAUCAAACAAUUAAUCAUAAAAGGAAAUGGUGUUCAUCAUGAUGAACUUCAAGCAAUCCUUAAUUAUCUGUCCACUGUUCACCAGGAUGCAAAUCUUCUUGAUGUUUUACAAAUGUUACAAACUCUCAUGGUUGAACAUCCAUCAUCAAUGAUUCCAGCAUUUGAUAUGAAAAAUGGAGUUCGAACUGUUUUCAAACUUGUGGAUUCUCCAAAUGAAGAAAUAAGAAUACAAUCAAUUAAAUUGCUGGGAUAUUUUCUAUCAAGAUCAACAUCUAAACGAAAACAAGAUGUCAUGGGUCCCAACAAUUUAUUUAUGCUUCUUCGUGAGAGAUUAAUUAAAUUUACUCCACUUUCCAUCGACACUUAUAAUGCAUUAUUUGAAAUUCUGGUUGAAACACCGAUUGAGACAAUUCGUUCAAAUGGUGCCGGAGCUUUUGGUGGCCUUCGGAUUGAAAAUCCAAUGAUAUUAAAAGUCAUUGCAACUCUGAUUACCGAUGGUAAAAAGUCAUCAAUUGUCAUCAAACAGUCAACCAGUGAUUUGCAAAAUUCAACUAAAUCCUCAUCAGGGUCUCAUCAUCAUCACCAUCAUCAUCAACAACAUGGAGAAAGUCGAUCUGAUCGUAAUAAGAUUAAAAAAUUAUUUAUCUCUGAUUUAUGGCGAUUAUUAGUCAACAAUCGAGAGAAUCGACGUUUAGUCCUUCAAAUGUCCGUCUGGCAACAUUGGCUAAUUAAUUUGGUCGAAGAUCGUGCUGAUCAUGUUGUUCGAGAUCAAAUUCUUGCAAUAUUUCGUGUUCUCUUGUACCAUGCCAUCAAAUACGAAUACGGUGGUUGGAGGGUUUGGAUUGAUACUUUAGCAAUUAUCCACGCUAAGGUUAGUUUCGACGAUUUCAUGAGCCAAUUCGGUGGAGACAAUAAAAAAUCAAGCAAUAACAGUAAUCAAUUAAAUAGUAAUAAUAACUCGAAUGGUUUACCAUCAUCAUCAUCAACCACUUCUUCAACAGUGAAUAAUAAAAGCUCAGGUGUUAAUGGUAAUGAUUCAAUUAACAAGUCAAAUAAUAAGCAAACAGCUGAUUCAUAUGCAAAUCAAGGUAAAGAAUCAAAAUUGUCAACAAAUCAACAACAAACUGAUACGGUUGAUUCAAAGGAUCAGGAUUCUGACAAAGGUCAGUCAUCAGUAACCGUUGCAACUCCUGAGGUUGCCGAUGAAGAGGAUAGUAGACCGGAAGAUGAACGGGAAAUCAGCUCAACUUUAGCUGCCACUACCUCAGAACCCAUUGAAACGGAAGCUGAAUUGAUUGACUCCAAUUGCGAUAAUAAAGAUUCAAGAAAAAGUGAUUCAGUAAAUGAACCAAUCGAUCCUGUUGUUACAUCUCCAUCAUUAUCUUCAUCAUCAUCAACAACAAUAAAUGAAAGUGUUGCUCAAAAUAAAGAUGAACUCAGCAAUGAAGGAAUCGAGGGUGAAAAAGAUGAUGAAAUACAAAUUGAAGAUUUAAAUUCCUCAGGUGGUGAAACUGUCAUAAAUAAAAACACUGAAAGUACUCACAAUGAAGAAAUUGAUAAAUCACAAGGAGAAAUUGAUUCAACAAAAGGAUCGAAUCAACUUGUUUCAUCGCCAGAACUUUUAUCAUCAAAUGAAAGUGUUGCUCAAAAUAAAGACAAAAGCUCAACAGAAGAGAUCAAAGAAAAGGAAAGUGAAAGUAUCUCUGGAGGUGAAGUAAUCGUCGAUAAAGACGAUGAAGAUGGAUCAAAGGUAGAAGAUGAGACUGAGGAAAAAAACGAUCCAUCCAACGAAGCAAAUCAACCUGUUAUUACAUCACCAUCUUCGUUAUCAUCAUCACCAACUCCAUCUUCACCAUCAACAGCUAAACUAGAUACAGAAGAUGAUAAAGUUAAAGAAACUGAAGUGGAAACGGAAGAAAAAGAAGAAAAGGAAGAAAAGGAAGUUCGUGAACCAGUGAUCAGUACAAUUAGUUCGAGUCAAACUAACAAUAAAUCUUUAGAAAAUGAAGAAGACGAAAAGAAGCCUCAACCUGAAGAUACUUCAGACUCCGGAACAACAGAAGCUGAUCUUGCUCCAAGUCGAGCUUAUCGAAAACAUCAUCCCAAUAGUUUGAAGGAAUUUUAUACAAAUCUACUGCAAGGUGGUCGUCAAAGGACAUCAGCGAAUUCUGUGCAAGGUGAAAAGGUAUCAGUUGGUUCGGCAUCAGCAACUCCAGCAUUUCGAAUUCCGGAAUUUCGUUGGUCUCCUCUUCACCUUAAACUUUUGAAUGAUCUAUUCUACUCCAUCGAAUGUGACCUUCAAAUGUGGAAAAGUCAAAGCUCUAAAGAUACUGUUAACAGUGGAUCGUCUCGAGACCCUGAAAAUAAAUCAGGUGUCAUUUUAACUGUUUCCGCAACUCAAUUAGAUCAAAUUCUUCAACAUCCUGAUAAUCAAAUCUACAUAAUUAACUCGAUUCACCUUUUUUCACAACUUUGUGACAAUAUAAUCAUUGCUUCAGGGGGUUUAUUGCCACUUUUGGCAACAGCAACAGGUGGUAAUCAUUCAAAUUCUGGCAACUCUGCUAACGGUGUUAAUCCCGCUGGUACCGGUGGUGAAGGGUUAACUUUAGCUCAAGCUAAUGCACUACUCUAUCGAUUGGUCAACAUGGCUGAUAUAUUGUGUUUCGCUGCUACUCAUAUCGCCUUCUCUGAACUUGAGAGUGAAAAAAAUAUGUCAUCAGGUGGUAUUUUGAGACAGUGUUUACGUUUAGUGUGUACAGUUGCGGUGAAAAAUUGUCUCGCUGUUCAAAAACAUCACGAAGAAAAUGGUGUGGGUUCUUUAGAUCCACUUAAUUUAGGUAAAGAUGGUUAUUCUCUUGGUACCUCUAUCAAUGCUGCUGCUGAACUUUUUGGUGAUUUUGGUGGUUAUCAUGGUAAUGAUAGUGGACGAGGUGUUGGCCAUGGUCCAGAUACAAGUGACAUUAUCUUAUCCGACAUGGCUCCAAGCGCUAAUCCCGAUCUAGUUUCAGGCUCUUAUCUGCCCUUUCAUCAUUUACCCAUCAAAGAUCCAAGUAAAUUACUCCAAGAAAUGGACGUUAACCGUCUUCGAGCCUGCAUUUAUCGAGAUGCUGAAGCUGAUACUAAACAAUCACAAUUUCUUGCCUUGGCGACUCUUUACUUCAUUAGUGUUCUGAUGGUUUCAGAAUAUCGUGAUAUUAUUGAAUCGAAAAGUGCUUCCAGUGCUAAAGAUUCUGGUAAAAAGGUCACCACUGGACCUGGUGAAGGUGAAGAGCCUCACGAUGAAGAUAUUGGAACCUCAGGCCUAUCUGAGAUUAAAAGUAAUCUAAGUAACCCGAUUACAGUUAAUCCAACAAAUAUUGGUAACAUGUUGACCUCUAAGCUUGAGGCUCGACUUUCAUCUAUCUGCCCACUUCUUCGGGAGAUCAUGUGCGACUUUGCCUCAUUCUUGUCGAAAACUUUGCUUGGCUCUCAUGGACAAGAUUUAGUUUCCAAGGAAGCGGUCAGAACUUUCCGCCGUCCCAAUGCCAGUCCAGUCGAGCUAGUGAUGUUACUCUGCUCUCAAGAGUGGCAGAAUACUUUGCAAAAGAAUGCCGGUCUUGCAUUCAUCGAAUUAAUUAACGAGGGACGAUUAUUAAGCCACGCUAUGAAAGAUCAUAUCGUUAGAGUUGCAAUGGAAGCCGAAUUCAUCCUUAAUCGUCUUCGCGCUGAUGAUGUUUCAAAACACGAACAGUUUUCACUUGCCUGUUUAGAGACACUUGCUGCUCGUGCUCACGAAGAAGCACUGAUUAAUUCGUUGAUCAAUUCGGCUAAAAGACGAGAUCGAAUGAUUUUCACUCGAUUCAGAGAAUCACUUUCACAGCAGCAAAAGCGCCUGGAAAUUGAUCGUUCAAAAUUAUUCUAUAAACUUGAUACCUGGGAAGAUGAUGCUCGUCGUCGUCGUCGAUUUUUACUCGAUCCUUAUGGAGAAGAGAAUGUUUCAAGGAUGGAGGCCAUCAUUAAUGAAUCGAAAACUGGCAAAGAAGAGAAAGAUGGUCAAUCCCUUCCAACUCAUUUAAUUGUUCCAAAGCAGCAACAACCAGCCACAAAUCGAACAGAAUCUGAUGAGGAAACUGAACUUUUCCUUUGGGAAUCUGAAGAUAUGAGCUCAUCUGUUAACGGCGACGUUGACGAUAGACCAGCCUCAGCUGCUGAAUUUGUUGGAACCGUUUUAUACUCAGUCGAGUGUAAUCUUAUUUGGAACAUUUAUUCAAUUGAAGGAACGCUACAAAUUACAGCGAAUGAAAUUUUCUUCGAAGCAAUUAACAUCAAUGACACUCUUUCGGUUGAUGGUUCAUGUGUUUCCAAACAAUCAAAUGAUGGAUCAGGAACAAGUGUCAAAGUCAAAUCUCGACCUUCAUCCGGAAGCUCACGAGACAAAUUACCAGAGGAAAAUUUGAAAGGAUUGGCGGGAUCAUCAAGUUCUAAACCGGGUCGAGGUGGUUUUCGUGAUUUAGAUCUUCGAGUUCUUCGCUAUUGUGACCUAAUCACCUACAAUGGAAAAGUACCUUUCAAUGAGAUUCGAGCGAUUUUUAGUCGUCGUUAUUUACUGCAACCUGUUGCUCUCGAAAUCUUUCUUGCUCAACGAACAUCAGUCAUGUUUGUUUUCCCUGAUUCAGAGACUGUGAAAAAAGUGGUCAAAUAUUUACCCGCCGUUGGAGUUGGUGUUAAAUAUGGUAUCCCUCAAUCAAGAAGAGCUUCAUUGAUGACACCAAAGCAGCUCUUUGCAGCUUCCAAUAUGACCCAUAAAUGGCAAAAGAGAGAGAUUACUAAUUUUGAAUAUCUGAUGUUUUUAAACACAAUCGCAGGUCGAACUUAUCAAGAUCUGAAUCAAUAUCCCGUUUUUCCAUGGAUAUUAACAAACUAUGAUACACCUGAAUUAGAUCUAUCUCAACCCACCAAUUUCCGUGAUCUCAGUAAACCAAUUGGAGCUUUAAACAGUGAGAGAAGAGCAGAAUUCAUUGAAAGAUACAAUUCCUGGGAUAAUAGUCACAUACCCGCUUUCCAUUACGGAACCCAUUAUUCCACCGCUGCCUUUACUCUUGGUUGGCUUAUCCGAUUAGAACCUUUUCAUUCGGCCUAUUUAGCUCUCCAAGAUGGUCGACUUGAAAAUGAAUCAAGAUUGUUCACAUCAAUUCGUGAAGCCUGGUUGGGGUCAUUGAUGGGAGGUCAUCAGAAUGUCAAGGAACUGAUUCCUGAACUUUUCUAUUUACCUGAAGUGCUUUCUGGAACCUCACCUCGAGGUGCACCAACUAAAAAACUUCGUAAUGUUGAUCUGCCCAAAUGGGCUGAUUCACCAGAACACUUUAUAAGACUCCAUCGGAUGGCCUUAGAAUCUGAUCUGGUUUCCUGUCAAUUACAUCAAUGGAUUGAUCUUAUUUUUGGUUAUAAACAACGUGGGCCUGAGGCAGUGAGAGCGGUCAAUGUUUUCUACUACCUAACAUACGAGGGAAAUAUUGAUUUAAGUACAAUUUCUUGUAAUGACCCUGCCCUUAAAGAUGCUAUCGAAGCUCAAAUCCGACAUUUCGGUCAAACACCAUCACAGUUAAGCACCGAACCUCAUCCUCCUCGAUCAUCAGCUCUCCAUGUUUCACCUCUAAUGUUUUCUCCGGUGAUGGAUGAGAUUUGCAUGUCGAUAAAGUUCCCCUUUAAUGCAGCCAUUACCGCCAUCGCUGCUUGUACAAUGAACACUUCGUCCAACUCAACAGGUGGUUCUUCAACAUCAUCAACAAACUCCUCUGCCAAUUCAACCUCACUGUCCAGUAUUCCGUCGUCCAUUGUUACCAUUAACAGUGCUCAACACUAUCACAUCCAUAAAUGGAAUCCAAAAGAGUCUAAUCAACCCUUUACCCUUGAUUCGGCCUUGACAACUUCCUCAUCAACUUCGUCCUCUUCCUCUUCCAAUAAGCGACAUCUUUUAGAUACAACUUCUCUUUGCUGUCUAUCAUCAUCCUCGGCUCCUUAUUCUCCUCGAUAUAUUGUGACAAUCGACUCAAAAUAUAUAAUAAUGGCUCCAUUUUAUGACAACUCUUUUCGUGUUUAUUCAACUGAAACAGGAAAAUUAACCCAAGUCAUUUAUGGACACCGAGGACUUGUCACCUGUCUUGCUCGAAGCGAAUGUAAUGUUGCUGUUGAUUUUUACGUUGCUUCGGGUUCAGUUGAUUGUUCCGUUCUAUUUUGGACUUGGAAUGCCAAAUAUGCUCAAAUAGAGGGUAACAAUGGAGCCUCUGCUAUUUCCGGAAAUCCUUUACCUAAAUUAAUCCUAACUGGACACGAAUCUAUGAUUAUGUCUCUCCUGAUCUCCGCUGAAUUGGGUCUAAUCUCAAGUGGAUCUAAAAAUCUGAUUCUUGUCCAUUCAAUCACCAAUGGCGAUUGUAUAACUGCAAUUGAUGUUCGCAAACGACAUUUAAAUGUUUCCGAUGCUAUUAGUUUAUCAUUUAAACCUUUCGCCGAUAAUUGCGAUGAUCCAGUUGAUCCAAUGGAUGAAGGAAACAAUAAAAAUGUUGAAGUUAAAGUAACAAUGGAAGCGAGUAUGACCGCCGGUGAAGUUUCAAUUCAAUAUUCACCAUCAAAGGAAAGGAAAACUUCUGGUUGCUCAGAAAAAUCUUCAUCCCGAAGUACCAAUUCAAAGGUGCAUCGUGACUCAACUGAUUCCAAUGUUAAUUUAAAUACUAAUUGUGGAGAUGAUGAUUAUUUCAUCAAUAAUCUUGUUCUUGCAAGAGAAUUAGCAUUUAUUGUAGGAACUGCAUGUUCAGUUGAUCGUCCAUUAUCAUCUUCUCCCUCUUCUUCCAAAUCAAGUUCAUCACUCUUAUCAUCAUUAACGUCAACAAUUAUGCCCAACACAAUCUCAUCAUCAUCGUCCUCAACAGCAACAACAACAACCGUAGCACCAAGUGAACCAACAGCACUUUUGUUUACCUACAAUUUGCGAGGUGAAUUACAUAAAUGUAUUAGUUUUCCCCGACCCAAAGAUAUCUCAUCUCUCAUGAUGACCAUAACCCGUGACGGAGAGUACAUCAUAUUAAGCGAGUCACCUUAUAUGAUUAAAAUUUUACGAACUUUUGAUGUGACCCCACUUUACGCGCUCAACACUUCUGACCUUUUAACCGCUUGUCCGAAUCCCGAUCUUGCCGUUAGAGAAACAGGCCAAGGAACCAAUGCGAUCAAAUCAAUUCUUUUAGUUGAUUAUAAAUAUCUUCUGGUUGGAACAGAAAAUGGUCGAUUAAUAAUUUAUAAAUUAGACUUUAAUCGUUGGCAUCAUGAGUACUCUUCUCGAUAUUGAUUAGCCAAUGUUUCUGGAUUUACACAAUGAAAUUGAAAAUCAACUUUGACACUUUACAAUUCAAUUCCCAUUUCCCACCUCGAUGCAAUUAUUGUCUCUCUUUUUUCAUCUCAGCAUUUUUUUUAUUAUUAUUUUGUCAAAAACAAAUUACAAAUAUUAAUAGUAUUUAGUGCCUAUUAUAUAAUAAUUAACAUCUUAUUUCUAGUCUAGAAAGUUUCAAAGCUGAUUGAUUGAUGAAGAUUAAUCGACAACCUGUAAACUCAUCAAUUAUUUAGGAAUACACCCAAAAGAAAACAAUGCUUAUCCAAUUGAGUCAAAUGGAUCAAAUUGUUAAUGUACAUUGAUGAUAAUUAACGUGUUUUUUGCUACCAUGAAGAAAAUGGCAAUUGUUUAAUUUUCUUAUUGAUUAACGAUUAACUGAUUCCUGAUUGAAGCAUUUAUGAUUAAGUAUUUGAUGAUUCGGACUUGGUGAUCAUCUGAGCAUUCCCGUUAUAAUAAUAAUUUCUGUAUAAAUAAGACUAUGUAAUUUUUUUGAUUAGUAUUUACAAGGAAAUUUGAAUUAAUUACAAAUCAUUCAAUGGCUAACAAAUUAAAUCACCUGGAGAAAAAGUGAUCAUGAUCAAUAAUUAACGACAACAAAGCAAAAUCACAAUUGGAAACUUGGAAAUUAAUCUGUACUUUUCUUUUCCUCUUCUUCUAAAUUAAUCCUGAUUAACAACCUGUUUGAUUAAUCAGAUUAUUACCAAUUACGAUUAUAAUUAUUAUAACAUUAAUUUAAUUUUUUUUUCUUCUUUUCUGUUUCCCUCGAUUAACUUUACGAAAUUAAAUAAGGGUAUAUUUGGACAAAUGGUUAUUGAAAUAAAACAUUUUGUUGUAACAAUUUA